GAGGAGAGGAGAGGAGAGGAGAGGAGAGGAGAGGAGAGGAGAGGAGAGGAGAGGAGGAGAGGAGAGGAAGAGAGGAAGGAGGAGAGGAGAGAAAAGAGGAGAGGAGAGAAAAAAAGGAGGAGAGGAGAGAAGAGGACAGGAAAGAGGAGAUCACAGGAAAGAAGAGAGGAGAGAAAAGAGGAUAGGAGAAUAAAAAAGGAGAGGAGAGGAGAGGAGAGGAGAGGAGAGGAGAGGAGAGGAGAGGAGAGGAGAGGAGAGGAGAGGAGAGGAGAGGAGAGGAGAGGAGAGGAGAGGAGAGGAGAGGAGAGGAGAGGAGAAAGGAAAGGGAAGGAGAAAGGAAAGGAGAGGAAAGGAAAGGGAAGGGGAGGAAAGGAGAAAGGAAAGGGAAGGAGAAAGGAAAGGAGAGGAGAGGAAAGGAAAGGGAAGAGGAAAGCAGAGGAGAAGAGAGGGCAGCGGAGCCGGGAGGCCGGAGGAUGCUGGCGGCGGCGGGCAGCCGCAGGGAUGCGGGGUUGCUAGGAGGCAGGUGAAGGUGAAGAGGAGAACGCUGCGGAGAACCGGCCGCAGGCCCAGAGCCGCAUGUCAGACCAGCACAGCACCAACAAUGGGGAGUCAGACCCCCAGCACAGCCUCUCCAUGGUCUUCCUCGUGGUCCUGGUCUUCUUCAUCAUGGGGCUGGUGGGGUUCCUCAUCUGCCACGUCCUGAAGAAGAAGGGGUACCGCUGCCGCACCUCCCGCGACCAGCUCGACCCAGACACCAGAGAUGUGCUGGCAGAGCUCCAGGCCAAUGAAGAGGAGGAGCUGAACGAGGACACAGUGGAGAAGAUCGUGAGGUGCAUCAUCCAAAAUGAAGCAAAUGCUGAGGCCCUCAAGGAGAUGCUGGGGGACAACGAAGGGGACAUCCCAGUGCCAGUGCCUAGCCUUUGUCCUCACCGGAACAGCCAGGAUGGGGCCCCCCCACACCACCACACCGUUCACCUGGGCUCCACCCAGGCCCCCUGCAUCCACUGCAGCAGGAGGAAGAGGCCCCCCCUGCACCGCCAGGGCCGCUCCAAGGAAGGCAAAGGCAGGAUGCACCCCGGGGAAACCACUGUCUUCUCAGUGGGCAGGUUCCGUGUCACACACAUCGGGAAGAAGCCACCCUCGCAGGAGCAGCAGGACGGGCCCCUGCCCGCCGCCAGCCGCCAGCCCAGCACGGAGGAGCUGGAGCGCAGCAGCGAGCGGCUGCAGCCGGAGCGGGCUCGCAACGGGACUGUCCCCACGGGCGGGCUGCAGAACGGAACCCUCCCGAAAGGUGCCCAGAGCGGCAAAGGUGGCGAGCAGAGCCUCUCCACCACCCCAAACACACCGGCCAGCUCCGGCCCCCGCUCCAGCCGGCGGUCGGGCAAAGGCUCGCCGCAGGAUGCUGGCACCGCUCCUGGCAGUGCCAGCCGCCAGCGCAAGCUGCUGAGCCGCCAGCGGCUGCUGGGAGGGUCGAGCCCCAGCAUCCCGGGAGAGCUGGCGCUGGAGGAGACCGGACUGGGCUCGGCGGAUGAGGUGUCGGACAUCCACGGGAGCCUGAGCCUGCAGGAGCAGCCCGAGGAGCUGGCGAGGGAAGGAGGCAGCAGGAGGCAGCUGCCCGCGGGGGAGGAUGCGGGGCAGCAGGAGCCCAGGAGCGCGGGGCAGGACCGAGGAGCGACUGUGUGAGCUCCUCCUCGUCCCGGGCGGGAGCGUCGGCUGGAGGCGAAGGGUCCACGGCCCCUGACACCGCACACGGGCAGGGGGUGGCCGUGCCAAGCUGGGGGGGCCCGCGGGGCAGCCGGCCUCGGGUGGGCAGCUAGGCGCUUGGCAUGGCCAGAGCGAGGUGCCAGGGGCACCGACCCCGCGGCCCGGCCAAACCUCAUCCCAUUGGCAAUAGGUACCCGACCCCCCCCCCCCCACACCACCCCCCCCAGCACCCACCGCCCUCACCCCACGGCCACGGCAGGGGCCUGGCAUGGGCAGGACAGCAGCCGGUGCCCGCUGCCCACCCUGCGGCCCCCUCCCGGCGCUGGGCUGCAGCAGAAGGGGCAGGGAUGGAGGCAGCAGCUUGAGCCCCGCAGCUGGGGAGGGGGUGAGGGGGGGGGGAGUCUGGGCAGCAUUUCCCCCUUGCCCCCUCCCCAAACCCCACCUGGCACAUCCACCGCAGAGCACAGCUCCGCCCCGGGCACCUCUGCCACACAGAGCGGGCACAGGCACAAAUCCUGCACCGGCAAAAGGGCACAGCAGCUCCGGGGGGGGGGGGUGGGGGAUGGUGAUGGAGAGAAGAGCUUCCAGCCCCCGCCGGGGGCACACGCAGCAGCCCUGGCUGAGGAGGGGGGGUACAGGCUGGCACCUCGGCCAGGGCACAGCGGGCAGCGGCGGUGCCCGCGCUGAGCUUUGGGGUGCAACUGCACUGUGCAUAGAAGAGCUGAACCCAUUAAAGCUGCUGAACCCCUGG